AUGGCAAGAAAGUUAAAAGGGAAGGCUUCCUCUAAGGGUCUGAAAGCUUCACUUCUGAGACAGCAAUUUCAGGAAAAAUUAAAGAAGAAAGUCGUUCAGAAAGAACAACAUGACUUGAAGAAGAAAUCUUUAGUUCCCAAAAAGGUUAGAAAGAACCAAAAACAACAGAAAGUUGACGAUAAGAUAUUUAUUCCGUUUGCCAAAGAUGAGACGUUACUGUUGGUUGGUGAAGGUGAUUUCUCAUUUGCUAGAUCCAUUGUGGAAGAAGGUUAUAUUUUACCUGAGAAUUUGAUUGCUACUAGUUAUGAUGCUUCUCCAACUGAGUUGAAAUUGAAAUACCCUAAUAGUUUUGAAGAAAACUACCAAUUCUUGUUGAAGGAAAAGGUUAAGGUACUUUUCCAAAUAGAUGCCACGAAAUUAAUUAAAUCUUUCAAAAUAUCGAAGAAGACUCCAUGGAGCAAAGUUGUUGGAAUCAACUGGCGUUCAAAACCAUUACAAAAUAUAAUGUUUAACUUCCCACACACUGGUAAGGGGAUUAAGGAUCAAGAUAGAAAUAUUAAGGAUCAUCAGGAGUUAGUCUUCGGGUAUUUUGACAGUUGUAAACAAUUAUUCAAAUUGGUGAAUUCAACACUUUUAAAUGAUAAGAGCAAAUAUACUCUUGGUUAUUCUUUUGACAGUGGAAAGGGAACCGAAGGUUUAUCUUCAGAAGGUUUUGGGAAAAUAAUACUAUCAACUUUCAAUGGAGAGCCUUAUGAUUCAUGGCAGAUUAAAAUUUUAGGUAAAAACAAUGGACUACAUGUCGAACGUUCUAAUAAGAUGCAAUGGGGUAAUUUCCCUGGAUAUCAUCACAAGAGAACUAACAGUGAACAGGAUACAACGAAACCUGCUGAGGAAAGAGAUGCUAGAAUAUAUAUAUUCAGCAAAUACGAGAAAAAGCACAGUAAAUCCAAGAAGAAAACUGAUUCUGAUGAUGAAAGUGACUUAGAUAACUAA